AUUGCAAUUUUGGACAGACAACGUUGAACUUUUCUCAAACAUUCCACCGUUGUCUCUCCAGCUGUCUCCACAGAGGCUCUAAAAGAAACCCCAUUUCCAGUUAUAUCAGAUAAUCCAUAACAAUUUAUCAAAUUUCAAGAUUUUGCGCUCCCUUUUUCUUCUUUUGACAUAAUUUUUUUUUACAAUUAAAUGGGAACGCCGGCAUUCCCAAAUCUGGGAAAGCAUUGCUCUGUUGAGGAUUGCCGGCUGAUUGAUUUCUUGCCUUUCACCUGCGAUUGCUGUCACAAGGUGUUUUGUCUAGAACAUCGGAGCUAUAAUAGACACGACUGUCCAACAGCUAAUAAGAAUAAUGUCACGGUAGUCAUUUGCCCGCUCUGUGUAAAAGGCGUACGUCUUAUUCCUGAUGAAGACCCAAACAUAACUUGGGGAUCACAUGUGAACACCGAGUGUGAUCCAUCAAACUACGAAAAAGCCACAAAGAAAAAGAAAUGUCCUGUACCGCGCUGCAGAGAGCUCUUGACUUUCUCCAACACAAUCAAAUGUAGGGAUUGUACUGUUGAUCAUUGUUUGAAGCACCGGUUUGGACCUGACCACAGCUGCCCCGGACCUAAGAAACCAGAAGCUGCUUUCCCGUUCAUGAACUUUCUGAAUGGAAAUAAAGAAGAGCCCAAGAAAGCUCAGUCCACGUCGUCCUCAAGAUGGACCACGAGCCUAUUCAAGGUAGUGUCAUCUGUAAAGGAAAAGCUGAGCAGUGAAUUUAGUCAAACACAACAGACGGGGCAAAGCGGCCGUAUCACCAGCCACAGCGCGAACACCAGCAGUCAAGUAGAGCAAUGCCCACAAUGUCAUCUAAGAUUUUCUACGGUCAAAGCUCUCAUCGAUCACGUUCAGAAAAUCCACGAGAAGAAUGGUGUCAUGAACUUGGCAGUCGAUGUGUGCCCGAGGUGUAGUAAAGGUUUUCGAGAUCCUGUGGCCCUUGUGGAACAUGUUGAAAGGGAACAUAAAGGAACUUCUAAGGCUUAAAUGGAGGUCCAUGUAAAGAAGCAAAAGUACAUAAUACCUUUUUCUUGUUAAUUCUUUUUCAUAAACAAGAAGUCCAUUUAUUCUUAGACUAUCUCAAUGAUUUGAGUCUGGUUGAAGAUCAAAAUGACUUUAGCCAUCUAAUUUUUCUUGUGAACAUGAGAUUGAUUUCUUUUACAAAGUGGAUGUUCCUUUGGUUUCUCUCUU